CAGGGCCCAAAGGUUCAUGGACCUCAAUAAAUUUCUGAAUCCAAUCAUGUCGAAACCCCACUCUGCAAAAACCCUAACACUCUCCUCAUAUUGCUCAAUCGCGCGCAGCUUCUUCCUUAAACACUAAACUCAGGUAGGAAUUUCGAUAACCAAUUUCGAAGAUGAGUAAAGGUAGUGGAGCAGCAAAGGGUGGGAAGAAGAAGGGGGCAACCUUCAUAAUUGAUUGUUCGAAACCGGUGGAAGAUAAAAUCAUGGAAAUCGCCUCGCUUGAGAAGUUUCUGCAGGAACGCAUUAAGGUUGGUGGAAAAGCCGGUGCCUUGGGCGACACCGUCACCGUCACACGUGACAAGACCAAGAUUACUGUCACUUCCGACAGCACUUUCUCCAAGCGGUAUUUGAAGUACCUGACAAAGAAAUAUCUAAAGAAGAAUAAUGUUCGUGAUUGGCUGCGAGUUAUUUCUUCAAACAAGGAUCGAAAUGUUUAUGAGUUGAGGUACUUCAACAUUGCUGAGAAUGAGGCCGAGGAGGAAGAUUGAGAAGCUGGUGUUAGUCUAUCAUCUCUCUUUUUGUAUGAUACUGUUGAGUGUCGGGGACAUUGUUUACAAUUUUCUGUGGUUCAAAUCUUUUUUACUUGAGCCUGUUUCAAAAGAUAAUGAGGUUGGCAUAUUGGAGCUUGUUUUGACUGCUACAGUAUAUUUUAUUCUUUAAUGUUUGUGGGGUGAGGGAGCUACAGUCCCAUCUGUGUUAGAGAGAAUGUCAGACAAACCCAUCCCUUGGUGCAA